AUGGGAAGCCCAACCGACAAGAACACCAAAGGGACAAGUAAACCCAACGAACCCUUGUUAGGGUCUGCCCUCAUGUUGAACCAUCAUGGAAGGGGAAGGGAUCUUCUGGUAUGUAUGAAAAGAAACAGCCAAGUACUGGGAAAGGGGAACAAUCUCAUUGGAACAGACAGCAUACAUGUUACUCAGAGACUUCCUGAGCGACAUUGCAGCAGUAUACCAAAUACAAAGACGGUGACACGCCAGAGGAAGUGGUAUACUAGUAGCGAUGCAAUGCUAGUCGUGAUGAAGAAGAGACAGUGCAGGAAAGAAGAAGAGGUUCUUGAGGAGGAAGAGUUGAUGGACACUUGA